GUCAUUCUCACUUUUAACCCACCAAGGCAGGUACCAAACAGCGCCGCCACGCACCGCCCACGCGACACACGUCUGCCAAAAGCCCACGAGGGCGCCUUCACAGUCUUUACACAACCCAGGAAAUUUACGUCUACCCAGCAUGGCUCCUAAAGGCAAGGGCGAGCAGCCCAAGGUGAAGAAGGUCGCCGUCGACAAGACCUUCGGUAUGAAGAACAAGAAGGGAGGAGCAGCCCAGAAAGCUAUCAAGCAGAUCCAUGCCACGGCCGCCUCAGGAGGAACACCCGACGAGAAGCGUAAGGCUGCAGAGAAGGCGCAGAAGGAGAAAGAGAAGAAGGCUGCUGAGGCUGCUCAGAAGGAGAUGGCCGAUCUCUUCAAGCCUGUUCAGGUCCAGAAGGUGCCCUUCGGUGUCGACCCCAAGACAGUGCUCUGCCAGUUUUUUAAGAAGGGCAACUGCGAGAAGGGCAGGAAAUGCAAGUUCUCACACGACCUGAACGUCGAGCGUAAGACCGAGAAGAGGAGUUUGUACACAGACAGCCGAGACAAGGAGAAGGAGGAGGAAGAGGAGCGCAAGAAGAAGGACAACAUGGAUGACUGGGACGAACAAAAGCUCCGAGACGUUGUGCUCAGCAAGCACGGCAACCCCAAGACAACGACAGACAAAGUGUGCAAAUACUUCAUUCAGGCAAUCGAGGACCAGAAGUACGGUUGGUUCUGGACAUGUCCGAAUGGAGGCGACAAGUGCAUGUACAAGCACUCGCUACCGCCUGGCUUCAUAAUCAAAACCCGCGAACAGCGCCAAGCCGAGAAAGCCCUCGCAGCCAACGACCCCCGCAACGCACUCACCCUCGAAGACUUCCUCGAAUCCGAGCGCCACAAGCUGACCGGCACGCUUACACCUGUCACAGUCGAGACCUUUGCGAAAUGGAAAAAGGAGCGUCUGGACAAGAAGGCUGCCGAAGAAGAAGCCAAGAUGCGCAAAGAAGCCACUGGACGCGCUAUGUUCGAGAAGGGCGACUGGGCAGGCAGCGAUGACGACUCAGACGAUGAGGGCGAUGGCAAUGAGUGGAAUUUGGAGACGAUGCGCAAGGAGACCGAGUUGGCGCGCCAAAAGAAGGAGGAGGAGAGGUUGGCGGCUAAGAUGGGUAUCAGUCUCGAGGAAUUGCGUAUUAUGGAGGGUACGAAUGAGCCGACCGAGGCGAACGAGGCUGAGGCCGUUUCGACGGACAGAGAGGACGUCGAAGCUACCGAAUCCUGAACACCACGUUAAGGGAUGGGAAAAGGAGAAGAGGUACGCUGCACGCCACGCAAUGCUGCAAAAGCUUGUUGUGGCUUCGAGGCAAGAAGUACCCAGUGCACGAUGGGAGGCAUUGGUGGUGGAUGCUGCAAGACUAUUCAGUCUUGCUUGCGACAUAUGCUAUUAGCGAUUCGCGACUUGCAUAGCACCCGUUGAGCCAGUUGCUCCAGGUGUCUGGCGUUGUGGGCUUUGGCUGGGAAUGGUAUGUAUGGUAUAUGCUAGUUGUACAUGAGGAUCUACGAACUACGAAUGCACAUAUUGUGUCUACG